AUGGCUCACCACCAGCUUCCGGACUUCGAAGAAGGCAAAGAUAAGUGGACGCCAUACCUUAUUAAAGUCGAAGCAUACUUCGAAGCGAAUGCCACUGAAGACUCGACUAAGAAAAGAGCAUUGCUGGUGGCUGCCUUAAGCACGCACACGAUACAAGUAGUGGCAGGGAAGGUGGCUCCAGGCAAGCCGAAUGCGCUGACUUAUGAAGAAGUCGUGGCAGUGUUGAGUGAGCACUACGAUCCCAAGCAACAUGAAAUCACAGAAAGUUACAAGUUUUUCAGUCGGUGUCAAGCGGUGUCAAGCCCAUUAAUGAAUUUCUAUGUGAACAGCAUAUUCAACGACUUCCACGACGUGUUUUCCGAGGAACUGGGGCUUAUCACAGGCCCUCCGGUCAGUCUGCACCUAAAUGAAGGCGCCGUACCUAAGUUCUACCACCAGCCGUUGCUGGGCCUGUUGAGGUCAGACAGGCAGACGCCCACCAUGGCCGCUGCCCUGAUACAACGGUGGGCGCUUCAGCUGGCGGCCUACCGGUACCAGCUGCAGUACGCCCCAGGAUCAAAAGACGACCAAGAGGACUGGCUGCCGCUACCAGGAAGUGACGUAUACGCCCGCAAUUAUGGUGCAGGCAGCAAAUGGACGCCUGGCAAUGUCAAGGCGACGUCUGGAGCGAGAAUGGUGACCGUGGACACUUCGGACGGGGUCGUCCAACGGCAUGUAAAUCAGCUUCGCCCGCGACAGAACUCACGAAGUGCUCGCUGCCACCAGUUGCAGCGAGCAAGACCAAGCAACAGAAUGAUCGCCUCCGGCCGCGGGGAGCACGGAGGACUGCCUGUCUUCUGGCUUCCUCCCUAA